GUCUUGAAUGCAUGAACGGAACAAUAGACAGCAUUAGGACCCGGAGAUGCGGAAGGCGUCCUCCUCCGUCUCAUUAUCCAUUGAUUUGACAGCCUGAGCUGACGACCAGUUAGAGGAAAGGAUGCGAGGAGGAGGCGGCUUCAGUGCGGCGUGCCGAACUUUUCUAACAUUUCGUGGCUGUUUGUGAGAUAACAGAGAUUCACUGCGAUGUCUGUCAAGCACAGCUGCCGGGUUUUUGACACAUUUUCAACCGGAUAUAUAAUCUCGAGCUGGCGUCUGGAUUAUUACUCCUGCUGUGUUUUGUUGACGGUUGAUGAAUCAGUUUAACGGAUCGAUCUGAUAAGAUUCAGCGGACUGAGGGGUCACAUCCUGACUUUCUUUUUUCCCCUCUCAUUUUCAAACUGUUGGUGCUGCUUAAGGUAGGCAUAGCAGGCUUAAAGUGGAGACUGGGGACGCACACGUGUAGGCUGCCUUCUUCAUUAGGCUCAUCGAUCCCUCAUCUCUUUUCUCUCUCUCUGUAUAAAAGUUGGUUUCCUGUUUGGAGCAGCGUUCAGAUAAAGUGAGAGACGACAUGUCGCUAAGCAGAAGUAUUGAAUUUGAACACUUUGAGGAACGAGACAAGCCUCACCGGCCACCGAGGACCAAUUCGGGCUCCGGGUCUCAAUGUGGUUCUAGAGGUAACGGGCUGGUGCCAAGCCCCGCGCACAGUGCGCAUUGUAGUUUCUACCGCACACGCACUCUCCAGUCCCUCACCUCCGAGAAAAAGGCCAGGAAGGUGCGCUUUUAUCGCAAUGGUGACAAGUAUUUCAAAGGUUUGGUGUACGCCGUGUCUAACGACCGAUUCAGAUCCCUGGAUGCCCUGCUCAUGGAGCUCACACGGUCCCUGUCAGACAACGUCAACCUUCCGCAAGGAGUCCGGACGUUGUACACGCUGGAUGGGGGCAGGAAGAUCACCAGCCUGGAUGAGUUAGUAGAGGGAGAGAGUUACGUGUGCGCCUCCAAUGAACCCUUCCGACGUGUCGACUACACCAAGAACGUGAACCCCAACUGGUCAGUGGGAAGCAAGACCAGCACGUCGCGCUCCCUCCCGUCUCUCUUCCCACUGAAGAGUGAGCUGCAGAGGGAAUCUAAGGACUUCAUCAAACCCAAGUUAGUCACAGUCAUCCGCAGCGGCGUCAAGCCCCGCAAGGCCGUUCGGAUACUGCUCAAUAAGAAAACUGCACACUCCUUUGAGCAGGUGCUCACCGACAUCACAGACGCUAUCAAGUUGGACUCUGGCGCAGUGAGGAGACUGUACACACUGGAAGGCAAGCAGAUUACUUGCCUGCAGGACUUCUUCGGAGAUGAUGAUGUCUUCAUAGCGUGCGGACCAGAGAAGUUUCGCUAUGCCCAAGACGACUUUGUGCUGGAUCACAGUGAAUGCAGAGUGCUAAAGUCGUCAUACAGCCGCUCUGCUACUCCAAACCGGACGGCUAAAAGCCCUGGAGUUUCACGGCGCAGCAAGUCCCCCGGUGCAGCAAGGCGACCCGCCCACUUCUCCACCACGCAGUCCCCAGUCAAGUCCCCAGAUGGCACGAUCCCUCCGUCACAUCACCACUCUUCCCCAAAUAUAAAUGGCUCGUUGAACAAUCAUCAGGAGCAAACCAAUCAGCUGAGUCCAGAAGUUAAUGGGAACCAGCACUCGCAUGCCUCAAGCAUCUGUGAAAAAUACAAGAUUGGCAAAGUCAUCGGAGAUGGCAACUUUGCUGUGGUCAAAGAUUGUGUGGAGAGGUCCACGGGGAAAGAGUUUGCCCUGAAGAUUAUCGACAAGACAAAGUGCAGCGGAAAGGAGCACCUCAUAGAAAAUGAAGUCGCUGUGCUCCGGAAGGUGAAACAUCCCAACAUCAUCAUGUUGAUCGAGGAGGUGGACACUCCCUCUGAACUAUACCUGGUUAUGGAGCUGGUGAAGGGAGGCGAUUUAUUUGACGCCAUCACCUCCUCGGCCAAAUACACAGAGAGAGACGCCAGUGUCAUGGUGUACAACCUCGCCAGAGCGCUGAAGUACCUACACAGCUUGAACAUCGUCCACAGAGACAUUAAACCAGAGAAUCUACUGGUUUUUGAGUACCCAGAUGGCACCAAAUCACUGAAACUUGGAGACUUUGGCCUAGCUACAGUAGUCGAGGGCCCCUUGUAUACUGUAUGUGGCACUCCUACAUAUGUGGCUCCAGAAAUCAUCGUUGAGUCAGGUUAUGGCCUGAAGGUGGAUAUCUGGGCCGCAGGUGUCAUCACCUACAUCCUCCUGUGUGGAUUCCCUCCUUUUAGAAGUGAGAAUAACCAGCAAGAGGACUUAUUUGACCAAAUCCUUCGAGGGCAACUGGACUUUCCCAGUCCUUACUGGGACAACAUCACUGACUCAGCUAAGGAGCUGAUUGGAAAGAUGCUGCAGGUCAACGCUGAGGCUCGAUACACAGCACAAGAUGUUCUCUCACAUCCAUGGGUCACGGAUGAUGCAAUCAUGGAGAAUAACAUGAAGAUGGAGGUGACAGGUAAACUGAAGACGCACUUUAACACCGCGCCAAAGCACAGCACCACCACAGCCGGGGUGUCAGUCAUCAUGAACACAGCGCUAGAUAAGGAGACCCUUCAGCUCACGGCCCGUUGUUGUCCAGGCCCACAAGCGGUGCCAUGUUCACCCCUGUUGCAUGGCACUGAAGUCCCAUCUGCUCUUCCGGACCAGUCGGCGUCACCAUUUGCCAAAGUACCCGAAUCUAACGAGCUGGCUUCAACAGAAACUGCUAGGCCCGAUACUACGUCCAAAUCAACACCUCCCCACUCCGAUUCUCCGAAUCACAGCCACACAUUAGCUGCUAAGCUUGACCUGCCCACCUCUAAUCUUUUAAGUUCACUUCAGUUUUCUCCUUCACCCUCUGUUGAAACUUGUCCCAUCAACUCUUUGCUCAUUUCUUCUCCGCCACAAAUAGAAACCUCCCCAACUGCUGCCCCCUGCUCGUCUUUAGAGUCUACCUCACCCUCGUGUCCUCCUGCUGUUCUCGCAUGCAUAGCUCCCUCUGCACCCAUCUCCCAUCCUUCCCUGGCAUCUCCGACCGAACUGGCCACAAAUGCCCCCUCUGCUUGUCCUACCAAACAAGCAGCAUCUCAGCCUUCCUCACCCACUGUCUCCCCGAUCCAGCCCGUUGUGUUAUUCCCUCUCUCAUCCCCAACAAAAUGUGAGCCUUCCUCCCCCUCACCUAUCCAUCCAACCCUGUUUCCCUCUCCUCCUUCCACACCUCUGAGAUCCACCACCCCGCCCUCUCCUUUUUGCCCUUCUUCUCCCAUCCCUUUAACAGCCGAAGAACUUAUGGAGAAGCUCUAAACACUAUUAUCCCCACGUCUCCUUUUUCCCACAAACAGAAACAGAAACCAUAGGAUGAAACAUCUCAAUUAGCAUUUCCUGGUAGAUGUAAACUGAGCCAGUGACCGCUGUGACCAUGCUUUUUCUCCUCAUAUUCUUUUCCCGCUUUAGACAUUGCUUUAAUGUCUAAAGGAUAUGAGGAAUUUUCUGUACUCUGUUGAUUGUAUAUAUGUUUUUAUUUAUUAAUUGAGGAUGUUGAAAGGGAAUGAACUGAAUAUCGUUCUUCUGAGUGGUUCGUCUUUUGAAUUCAUACACUACUUAGUCAGAUUUCUUGUUUUGAAUUCACCAGGGCCCCCUUUUAAAGGGUUAUUCAGUACAAACGCAUAGCAAACUCCUAGAGAGGCUACUGUGUGUGAUUCUGUAUGCGUUUUUCAAUCACUUCACCAUAUCGAAGUCCCAAAUUUGCUAGACUGUCUACCUGUAGUAAAGUCAUCCUGAUGAUAGUGGCCAAUUGACAAUUUCAUGCAUUGUAUGCAGUGUGUCGACAAAGUAAAGGUGAUAUCUGCCAAAGUAGCCCAUGGCUAAGGAGUCAGAGAGUGUUUUAAACAGCUUAGGUCCACGUAUGUGUUUGAGUGUAAAAUUGGGAAUCAUCAGAUCUGCUAAAUUUGAAAGAAAUGACUGUUCACACACAAUUUUGAAGCUACGUCUACAGUAACAUCCAAAUGACCUCUAGUGCAGCAGUUCGCCAAAUAUUGUGUUCUGCAAUUCUUCCAAAAGUGAGAAAUGCUGCAAAAAUAGUCUUAGAAAAAUUGCUGUUUUAAGAUGAAAAGUUUCCUCUUCUGCUCAUCUAUUCUCUUUAUCAUUUCUCAACUCCUUAGAUUUAUUAGCCAAUGUUAGUUAUAAACAGUGCUGGUUACAGUGUUUCUACUCACAGCAGCACCCUGUAACUGGAACUGUUUGGAAAAAGAAGCAUAAAAUCAAUUUUUUUUUUUUUGUGAGCACAAAGUAUAAUUCUACCCUUCAUGAUGGACUGGAGACAGACGUGUGAUGGACAUCUAAAAACAACUAGCUAAAGGUCAUUGCAUGUCCAGGCACUACUGAAGGAAAGUAAUGUACUCCACAUGUGUAUUUGAGUCAUUAAAGUCUCUUUGUUUGAGUAGACGACUGCAACUUUCACUCAUACGCUUUAUUUGUAUGUAGCGUGCUGAACUACAGCUGUGAGUACAUGUAAAGAGAAGAAAGAUGCAACAGAUGUUAAACCGAACUGCACGGUAACUUUUAAUGAACUGAAACUCUCAAUACAAACGGCUCUCAGACGUGACUGGUACUGUACAGGAAAAACAUACUUGCUGUUAUAUUCUCUCUGGUCACCACUAUGUCAUGAGCUACGCACACUCAAUGGCCACUUUGUUAGGCACACCUGUUAAACUGCUGCAAUUGACACUUUGUCAGGUUUGAGUCUUGAUUUUCCGCUUGAUAUAAACAACAUGGCAUGGAUCCAUCCUGCCCCGUGUGGUGGCGUAAUGGUGUGGGGGUUUAUUUAUUUUAGGCUCUUUAGUACCAGCCGAGGUUAUUAUAGUUAACUGAACUAAAAUUUUGAAAAUUAAUUUAAACAAAAUUAUAUAGAAGGGGUCUUUAGAUUUAGUAUUUGUUAGUCUGGUUAAAAAAAAAUAUUACAUCUUGCCUGAUGUGGUAUUAAUGGACGUGUUUGAGACUCUGGAUGAGUUUCAACUGCUUAAAAAAAAUUAUUUAUUUUUUUUAAUGACGAGAAAAAUAUGCCCUCCAUACUGUACAAUAAUAAUUUAAAAAACUAAAAGUAACCCUGGAACUCAUCAAAACUAAAGUAAAAUGAAACAUUUUCAAACGAUAAAAGCUAAACUGAAGGUGGCGCAGUGGUUAGCACUGUUGCCUCACAGCAAGAAGGUCCCAAGUUUGAUUCCAAAGGGCCCAGGCCUUUCUGUGUCUGUGGGGGAUCUCUCCCAGUACUCUGGCUUCCUCCCACAGUCCAAAGACAUGCAGUUAGUGGUGUUAGGUUAAUGAUUCUUAAAUUGGUGCCUGUAGGUGUGAAUGUCCAACUAGUAAGGUGUACCUAAAAAAAGUGUCCAGUGAGAGUAAAACUACAUGUUCUGUUGGAUUUAAAGGAAUGAUUAUCCUGUUAUGAUUAUUGAGUUUGGACUCGAUCACUGGCCAACAGCUUAUAGAUUACCUUCAUCAAAACCAGAUCUCACUCUCUGCAGCAUAAAAACAAAUAAAGUGACCUGUUUUGUCCUCGUUCUUAACUCCACAGCUGUUGUCAGCAGAGCCAAAUCCUCCGCUGGUUUAGCACCGGUCUUUUCACUGCAUGAAUACUUUCUGUUCGCAAAUUCAAGUUGCUACAUGGCCUAAUUUUUCUCCAAUGUACUGUAUAUGUAGUCAAAGUAGAUUUUCAUGCUUUAACAGUUUGUAAAGCAAAAACUGUAUGAGAAGAGCAAAUGUAUCAGUGGUUUUUAUGAGGCACAGAGUGGUUGCUUUUAAUGUCCCACUAUUUUAGAGCAGUUCUGCAAUAAAGACUUGAAAUUA